UACACUAAUCUUGAGUCACUUCCGGCCUGGCAACAGUCAGGAAGUGAGACUAAAAGUAGAGCGGAGUGAGAAUUUUAUUUACUAUGAAGCGGUUUGAUGUGUCAACAGUGCCUAGCAUAGCGUUGCCUUAGUCAGGGGACGCAGCCAAGCAUGGCUCUGAUUGAGGGUGUGGGGGACGAGGUCACCCUGCUCUUUGGGGUGGUGUUCGUGAUGCUGGUACUGGUCCUGGCUUGGGUGUCCACGCACACGGCGGACCCCCCUGAGCACCUGCUCCCACCUGGCCCCGGGAGCACCUCCCCCAGAGAGACAGAGAGACAGGAACCCCUCCCGCCCAGUGACAUCACCCCUACACCCAGCAGCCUGAGGGAGGAGGGGAAGCCGGAGCCAGAGCCAGGGCUCCAGGCCGGGGCCGAGGGGCAGACAUCCAGCAACACCGGAGAACAGGGAGGAGGAGGAGAAGAAGCCAGUCUACUGGAUGAGGCCGGACCCGGGAGAGACGGACUGAGGCACAGAGAGGCCGUGGCCUCCACCCCUUCCUCCACUACGCCAACGACUGCAAGUGCCUCCGCCCCUGGCCCGCCGCCUCCAGCCAACACCCCGAACAAUCACGCCCAAAGAAAUAUGGUUCUAAGGCUCAAGUUCCUUAAUGACACAGAGAGGACUGCCCAAGUACACCCCGAUGACACCAUUGGCUAUAUUAAAAGGACGUACUUCGCAGGGCAGGAGCACCAGGUGCGUCUGAUCUACCAGGGCCAGCUCCUGCAGGACGACACCCAGACGCUCUCCGCCCUCAACCUGGCUGACAACUGCGUCCUGCACUGCCACAUCUCCCAGAAUGCAACGCGAGCGAUGCCGGCCGGCGCGAGGGCGGCCGACCAGGUGCACGUGGCGCUGAACCUGGGCAGCCUGAUGCUGCCGCUGUUUGUGCUGAUGCUGUCCGUGCUCUGGUACUUCCAGAUCCAGUACCGCCAGUUCUUCACGGCCCCUGCCACUGCCUCUCUCGUGGGCAUCACCAUCUUCUUCAGCUUUGUGGCAUUCGGGAUGUACCGCCGUUGAGUGGCGCCCUGUUCGUUAGUGAUCCCUUGAUGCACACCACUUAAAUAUAUAUAUUCACACACACACACACACACACACACACACACACACAUAUUCACACGUGUACCCAUAUACCCACUACCGCCUACACAUGGACUUUUGAGAUGGAUCUCUGAACUCUUGACGUUGUUCCCGGCUGAGAGACCAGAUAUUUAAUGAAGUAUCUGAUUUUUUUUUUUUUCUGUCUGUGUGUUUUCUGUAUGUGUGUUUGUAUGUCAUUUUUUGUCAUUUGUUUGGCUGAGCACAUUUUGUGUAUCCAUUACCUAGGUCUUUGCCAUUAUUGUCAGACAUACAGCACAUUUUUACCUGUCACAAAACUUAGUGUAAUUUCUUAGAAUGGUUGUUUUUUUUCUUUCUUUUUCUUUUUUUUUUUUUAAAUGUAAAGAGAUGCUCAUCGUGCCUAUCCUUAUUGCUCUCUUGUCUCACACACACGCAAGCACUCAGUGAGGAGCUGAAGCUUGCCCCUGCUGUAGGUGGAAGUGGGGAAGAUGGCUGGUCUUGUGACUGUCCAAGCUGCUGGCAUGUCCAUCUGCCUGUCUGUCUCUCACAGGGUGAUAGAGCAGUGCAGGCAGCUGCUGUUAUAUGUCAGGACAGUAAGAAUAAUUUGUGUAAAAUAUGGCUUUUGAAACAAAGACAAAAUCUAUUAAAUCAUUCUUUUAUUUA